UGUAGUUAAAUACGAAUACAAAAAUAUAACUCAAAACAUAGCCAUAAGUUUUCAGUGUUUGUUGAUCGAAUCAAUAAAUAAUAAUCAAGUGCUAUUCGGUAUAUAAAUGUAUAAAAUAUAAAUUAAAGAAUUGUUGAAAGUGGCUAACAAAAGAAGCAAAAAAUAGUUAAGACCAAAGUUUAACUAUCGAUUUAGAGGAAGUCACUUUAUCGAAACGCUUUCGGAAUCAAAGCCAAUCCAAAGAAAGUUGACCGGCAAAGGAGACGUACAAGAGCAGAGCAAACAGACGAUAUGCGUAUAGGCCAGGCCAAAAAGGACAAGAUAACAAAUCCCCCGGCAGCACUUAAGGCAUAAAUCUCAAACUCAAUCAAGCAGACGGGGAAGACGGCGGCUACCAGACAGAGACAAACGAUGUAAGUGGCUGGUGCUGCUCAUCUGGAUAUUGGGACAAGGAGCCGGGACAGCAGAAAGAGUACUCCCCAUCUUGGUCGUGCAUGCUGAUUUCGGGACAAGUGGCGACCGCAACAAAGGACAUUCAGCCACAAAGCCUUCAAGGACACAACAACUACACAACAUGGCCAGGUUCACCGAGGAAUUCUCCUUUUUUAGUGCAUUUGCCGGCUGUUUGAAUUAUGGCCUUUGUCAACAUGUCGCUGCCGUUGCCAGCCACGGUUAAGCUGAGCACAUCCCGCGCCAAAAAGCCGCUGAUCGAGUGCAAUCCGGGCCAGAAUGCGGCCACCAUUGGCGAUGCCAGCGUCGACGGGAUUGCAGCCGACUGAAGUGCAUUCGCAUCCGCACUCGCAGCCGGUGCACGUGCCUGCCACGCUCUCGAAUUCACAGGAGAUCAAUCCGGAUCGAAAUACCCACAGCCACGCCAAACUGCCCCCACUGGAACUGCUGGUGGAGAACAGGAUUAGCUACAGCAGCUUGUACCAGCAGCACUCGCAGGAUCUUAAGAGCCAGAGCCAUAACCAUAACCACAACCACAACCAGAGCCGCUCCAAGCGGAAUUCACUGAGCAGUCCCUCGUCCAGCGAGGAUUGUGUAAGCGCGGCCAGGGCCAGUGUCUUUGAUGACGCCGCCGAGAGCUUUGUGAUCAACUUUCCCUCGGAAUCGGCGACCGCACAGCAUUUGCUGCCACUCUCGGAGACAGUGCCGCUACUGACCCACAUAGAGGCCACAGUGGUGGAUAAGCAGCGAUCCAUAAGGCUGAACAAGAAUAGUGCCUCGCUUAUCUUCACCAAGAAGGAGUUGUCUCAGGGAAGCCAUCAACAUCAUCACCAGCACCAACAUCAGCAGCAGCAGAGGCGCCAGCACCACAGCAGUCUCUACGGAGUGGGCAGGAAGCCCACCAAGCACCUGCCUCCCACCCGAGGUCAGCACCAGCGGCGCAGUCUACCGCUCAGCUACAACAACAACAAUCUGGUGACCACAACUCCAGCAACAGCAGCAGGAGGAGGAGCGGUAGGAGCAGUAGGAACUGCCAAGCUUGUGCCGCUCAAGCAGCACCACGGAACAGGUUACACGGCACCACCCACGGCUAACGUUGUCAGUGGAGGCGCGGGAGCUGCGGCUCCGUCCGCCCGCAAACAGCUCUCCUACUCCUGGUACGCGCCCGUCUACAGUGCACUCGAAGAGGAGCUGGAACAGGACUCGCGGGACUCCUCGCCAAUCCACAAUCUGGCCAACACAAAGCAGAACCAGCGCUCCGCCAGCCAGAAGGCCACCAGUGCCGCCUCCACCACCCUGCAUGCCACGCCCCGCCACGCCCACGGCCACGAUUCCGGCGACGCUGAAACGGUUGCGCUACUGGACACACAGGCGCGGAGCAAGGUCAUCAUUUCCUCGGCGAAUGGCGACGCAGGCGGAGCAGGAGGAGGCGGUGGAGGUGGCUCUGGAGCAGGAGGAGCGCUGGCAGUCAAUGGCGGAGCUGCCCACGAUUUGGAGAGCUCACUGGGACUUUCGGGGGGCGGACAGUUGCCGCGAAGACGUCGUCUUGAGAACUUUCUCAAGUCCCUGGUGGGUCUCAAAGCUAGUAGCAGUCGAGCGGCGGCAGGAGGAGGAGGAGGCGCCGCAGUUGGCGGUAUACCCGAUCGGGAGCGACCUGCCUCGCCGGAGAUACGGAUCACACGCACUCCCUCCGAACAGGAUGUGGUGCUCCGGGAUCCCUCUGGCCGCCAGCUAGCUAAUGUCCAUGGACGGGGCAGUCUGAGCAUCAGCGGCUCGAGCAGCUCCUUGAAUGUCGUCCAGCAGAAGAUAUGGCACAUCAUGCGACGCGAGGGAAGCGCCAGCAGCCUGCACCAGGAGAAGUCCCAGUCCAUUGUCCAGUACACGGGACUGCGCAAGUGCGAGACUGUCCUGGCUCUCACCCGUCAAUCCCAAUCGCAGAAUCACGGCAACGGACACGGCCUGAGCCAGAGCCGAAGUCAGGGUCACUCACUAGCCGUUCAUGGUAGCGGGAUCUUCAGCUCGGGAGGCGUGGAGCAGAUCCGACCCCUGAAUCGCCUGCGGAACAGUAUGAGCAGCAUGAAUGGCGUGGGCACCUGUUCGCGCUGCUCCAGCAUCCUAUCGCUGGCUGCCUCCGGCUCACGGUAUUCCCUGUCCAAUGGCUUUGUCCCCAGGCCGGACUCGGCGCUGAAUCAGCGGGAAGUGGAGGAGCUGCUGCAGCAGCAGCGCCGCAGUCAGGAGCCGCACAUCAACGUGAAUGCCCAGAUCAGGCUCAGCGGAGGAGCAACGGCCGGCUCGAGCAGUCCCAGUCCGCCGUCCAAUGUCACAACGGCCACGCUGCACUCCAGCUGCGCCGCCAAUCUGAACCUUGGGGAGCAGCAGCAGCAGCAGGGGACAUCGACGCCCGCCACUCCUACGGCGCCUGGAGCAUCCCCUGGCGGUGAACUAGCACCCUUUGGUACCGAUCACGCCUACCCGCUGACAGUGACAUCGCUGCUCUCCAUGGCCAGUGCCAAUCAGGCGGCCCAGGCCUGUUGUGUGCGGGACGGGAUUGCGCUAAAACGGCGCGAGAUGCUUGCCUCCGCGGAUGUAACGCCCUCUGCGGGCACUCCGGCCACGCCCACCACCGUCAACUUCCAGCCCUUUACCUGCAAGCUGUGUCUGAUCGAUGUGGAGGAGGUGGGCGAGGCCAUGUCGCUGCAUCAGUGCGGCUGUCAGUUCUGCAUCGAGUGCAUGCGGGCCUAUGUGGAAUUCGAGAUCUCUGAGGGCGCCUACGAAAUCUCCUGCCCGGACGCCAAGUGUCCGGCUCAGGGGGCCAUUUCCCUGCCGGAGAUCGCUAGCCUGACCACAACGAAUCAGCUGAAGAAGCAUCAUCGCUAUCGCCUAAAUCGAGAAAUCGAGUUGGACAAGACGCGCACCUGGUGCCCGCGUGCUGGCUGCGAGACCAUCUGCGUGGUGGGCGGAGCUCCUCAGCCCGGCGCCAUUUGCCAAAUGGAUGAGUCGCCUUCGACCUCGCAGAGCUACACGCCACAGCAGGAGGCGGCAUCGGGUAGUGCAGGUGGAAGUGCCGAGGCCGGAAACGGAACAGCAGUUGUGCUUUCCGUGGCCGUGCACUGUCCCUCCUGCAAGGACGAGUUCUGUGGCCUCUGCAAGAAGGCGUACCAUCCAAACAUUAGUUGCGAUGAGUUUGGACGCCGUCUGAUUGCCGAUGGCCAGGACGACAUUGGGAUACCGUUCGACAACGAGCUGAUCAAGUGCUGCCCCAUGUGCGCGGUGCCCAUCGAGAAGGACGAGGGCUGUGCCCAGAUGAUGUGCAAGCGCUGCAAGCACGUCUUCUGCUGGUACUGCCUGGCCAGUUUGGACGACGACUUUCUGCUGCGUCACUAUGACAAGGGACCGUGCAAGAACAAGUUGGGUCACUCGCGCGCCUCCGUGGUCUGGCAUCGCGCCCAGGUGAUCGGUAUCUUUGCCGGCUUCGGCAUCCUGCUGCUGGUGGCCUCGCCCCUAUUACUUUUGGCUGCUCCAUGCAUCAUCUGCUGCAAGUGUCGAGGCUGCAGCGGCUCCAAGAUCGACGAGGUGGACGCCGAGCUGGAGGAAGAGGUCACCGCCCUGCAAGGCUAGGCGGGCAUGCUUCUGACUCUUUCGGCUGCCGCCCUUAAAACUGGUAGAUUCUAUUGUUAAUGGCGACGACGACGAGCAGCUUACGUACAUUUAUUUUAGUUAUUAUAAUUAUUAUUGCAUAUGUGUUAACUAAAUUGUGAUAUUUACAGUGAUUCGAUUGCUAAUUGAAUCGACAAAUUUGUUGAGAACCUAUACAAAGACAAGACGCCUUCGAUUCUCCUUUGGGUUCUGUCUCUAUAUAUUCUUUCCUCCCCCACUUAUGGAUAUACCUACGUAUAUAUAUUCGACUAAAUCAACCUGUAUAAAGCAAAAGUUCUUAGCGAUAAGUUAGUCUAAUUCUUCUUAGAGUACGCCUCGUAUUUCAACAACAGUGCUUUUAUAUCGCACCCCACUCACACCCCACACCCCACACCCGACACCCACUCACCCCACAAACCUUUUCUCAAGUAUUACACAUGCAACUAACACACGAGCCCGCGAUCUUUUGGGUUAUUCGAUCAACUGCUGCUUGGCAAUGCUUUUAUCUACACCCUGCAUUCACGCGCGCAUAUAUAUAGUAUAUAGGAGGUAUAUAUGAUGAUGAUGAUGUCACUACUACUAAUGUUUAUUGUAUUUAAUUGUAAAUGUUAAUUAAUAAAGCAGCUAAAACAAAUGUAAAACAAGUGUCCGCUCUCGUGCAGCUCGGGCUGUCAGGACUUGUGGUUAAUGUAAAUUAUUGAUUUAUUUAAUGCAUAUACACUCAGAACAUACAUAUAUAUACACAUAUAUCAAAAUAUACGUAUGACAUAAAAAUGCGUGUAUAUUAAAAAGAAAACACAUAUUUAAACUCUACUCUUAAUGUGAACAACCACUACCGCGUAUGCUGUUUGAAAUAAAAAUGUUAAACGAA